AUGGCGACCCUGAAUUACAAUAAUAACAGGGUAUUUAUACCACUUUUUAGAGUAUUGUGUGUAGUAUUGUUUAUUUCUUUAAGCAGUGGAACUAAUACAAAGAAAAUAAGAGAUGUAACGGAUCGAAAUCAGGGGAAGUUAAGUCUGCAUAAUAUCGGUGAAAAGGAUGAAAAGUUGGCCAAACUGUUUGACGACGAAUAUUAUACAGACACGCGACAAGAAAAUGUCUCCCCAAAGGUCCUGGGUGGCAUUGACAUCGCCAACGAGGCGGUUAAGAUAUCCAUGCAGUUGCUCUGGAUCACCAAUCAAGAAAUUGGUGUGACUGAUAUGCAGACCAUUUAUGAUAACUUGAAAUAUGAAGAGGAACAGUUCAACCCACAGAAGAAGUUGGACUAUAUCACAGAUAGACUGGCAGGGAGGUUCAAAAACUAUCUCCAAGUUCUCAAUACCAAUAAGAUCACAGUGCAGAACCUGUACAAAUUUCAUGUGAAACAACCAAUCACAAAGAAGCUUAGUUGCUGUCAUCUUCCUCCGAUGGAAUUCAGUGAAGAGAGUCAGUAUGGCUGUAAGAUCUCAAAACGGACUAGCUGUGAUUUGUAUCCAGAAAACCUACCAAGAGGGGCCUUUAACCCUGGAAGAAAUCUCACGGAAGUAUGGAAGAGCAAUAUGCAGUACUUUGAUAGUCUGAAAUGGCAGUACUUUAUAUCUGUGGAUGGUAUCCAUACAGAGUAUCCAGCUAAUGCUUUCCAUGGAGAACAUAGAUGUACCAAUGUCCAUGACCACAGACACAGGACGGUCUUUGUGUCAACAGUGCAGCCACAGCCCAAACACAUUGUAAUAGUAAUGGACCAUGGAAAUUCCUUGAGUGCCAACCAAUUGAGAACUGCAAAAGGCAUCGCCAAGCACCUGCUCAACUCCCUUUCAGAGAAAGACAGGGUUGGAGUAGUUGGCUUAGCAUCGCGGCCAACUUUUUCCAGGGCUCCGUCUGAUGAUACAUGUAUCCACUCCUCCAUGGUACCUGUCACAUUUGAGGCGACCCUCUACUUCAGCAAGUUUAUAGACAACCUGGAGAAGGAGGAUGCUUCAACAAACCAUUCCCUGGGAUUCCAAGUUGCUUUUGAUAUAAUUGAAAACAUGGUCAAAAAGACAAAAGGUGCAAAAAUUGAACAAGCCAUGAUAAUCUACAUCAGUCGAGGCCUGUUGUCCUCACUAACUGAGGCUAAGGAUGUGAUGGACGUGAUUUCACAACGUAAUGGUGGCCUCGGACAUCGUGUCAUCAUCAACACCUACGCUGUCAUUGAUGAUGGCAAGCCGAUCAUGUACGAAAAGAGCUUCCUUCAAGACAUAGCCGAUCAGAACUUCCAGAAAUAUAAUGUGCGGAUUAGAAGUCCAAACAAAGUGGUGCCUGGUGUAAUGAUGGCUAUCAACUCCACCAAGGAUCUGAGCAGUUCUGUUGGGAGGUUCUACCUACCCUUCAAUCGUACCACCAACCAUCAUGUACGAUACUCUCUACCCUAUAUAGAUAAAGCAGACUCAGCUCUGACACUAACCAUCAGCCAGACCUGUUUCCAUGACAACCAGGUGAUAGGUGUGACAGGUGUGGACCUACACAUGGAGGACAUCGUACAGGACAUGACUUACUUGGAUGGUGAACAGGCUUACUUGUUCCUUAUCAAUACUGAAGGUUACACAUUGAUGCAUCCAUCAUUCAGUCGCCCAAUCAAGACACAUCUACAGCCCAUGCACACGGAUAUCUGGCACUUUGAAAAUAUGGAUGGAUUUGUCAAGAUACGAAGUGACAUGUUAAAUAAAGAGCGUGGUGAGGAGGUUUUGAUGAUACAGAGGAAAGUGACACCCGCCAAUUCAUCGGAUCCAGUUGUUACCGUCCCAGAGUUUUAUGCUAGAUACAUCUGGAGAAGGGUUGAAGAUACACCAUUCAUUUUGGCUUUAAAAACUGUAUCAGAGAGGAAAAAUAACAGAAAACUGGUUAACAUACCAGUAUCAAAGGAACCUGAGCUAGUGUACCACAGACUGGACCUCGUACCCAAGAACAAGAUGUGCCUACACCUCAAACAGCUAGCUACACCUGAGGUGAGCAGUGUGUUCCUGUCUGCCACAAGUUUCUCCGAGCCAUAUACCUACCUCAGUAAGGAGGAGACCAAGAGGAUGGUCCAGAGUUACCUUCUGUAUCUUUCUGAUAGUCUGGAGCUGCUGACCAAUCCAGGACUCAAUGAUGAUGUGAGAGAUGACGUGACUGCUACCGGGAGAAUCAAUGCAGAAUGGCUAAGAAGAUCCUACACCAGUAAUCUUAACGAUUACAUCAUCCGCAGGUACAUCGCCACACGGAGUGGAGUGUUCCGCAUGCUGCCAGGUACUCUAAUGGAGAAAACAUUUGAUCCUACUAAACGGUCAUGGUACCAGCGUGCCAUGCAGUACCCAGACCAGGUGACCCUCACCUCUCCAUAUUUGGAUGUGGGCGGGGCUGGCUACAUCACUACUAUAAGCCACACAGUAUUUGAGGGAAAGCGUGCUCCACACAGUACCACAGAUCCAGUCGUCGGAGUGAUGGGGAUGGACAUCACACUUGGGUACUUCUACAAACUCCUUGUAGAGAAUAUCCCCAUGUGUCAACAUCCUACUGUGAAGUGCUUUGUUAUGGAUGACACCGGAUACCUGAUCGCACAUCCAGCAUUGAUUGAGCCUAAUGGCAAAGGUCCAGUAGAACAGCAACAUAUUACUCACCAGGAACCCUUGGUGGCUAAUGAUAUCCUGAAUCAUGAACACUUCGUGAGGAAGGAGCUUUGUAAUCGGUACAAUGACCGUACUGUCCAAAGGUUCUACAAGUUCAACACCAGCCUGGAGGGAGUUCUUACUAACAGAGUACAUGGAGAACACUGUGCACGUUAUCAGAUAACACACAUUCCUGGAACUAAUGCCUUCAUCGCAAUAGUUAAUCACACAUGUGACACAGCAACUGCUUUCUGUCCUUGUAGUAUGUUUGACCGUCUGUGCCUGAACUGUAACAGAAUGGAACAGAUUGAAUGCGAGUGUCCUUGUGAAUGCCCUCUAGCAAUGAAUUUCUGUACCGGUGCCUUAUUGAAGGAAGAGGAUAUGAACCCCAGCUGUCCUCGUUAUCCAGAGCCAGAGAUGCUGUUUCCACUGGAUAAUGAGCUGAUGGAAAACUUGGAACCCUGUCGCAGGCCCUUGUGUAGUGAACGCACCAGUAAAAUGACGUGUAUUGGAGUAAUGGGUUGUCAGUGGUGCCAGGUGGCCGAGGAUGGAUUAACUCCCCUGAAAGGACCAUACUGUGCUGACCAGCGUGUGUGUUUUGGUGGCAUUGAAGGUGCCCAAACUCCUUAUGGAGACCAGAUUAAAGCGUUGUUAUAUACUGACCCUCCACCACAAGUAAAGAGUGCCCCAGUCGGACCUGUGGCAGGAGGUAUAAUGGGAUGUUUUCUGGUGUUGGCCCUCGGUGUGUAUUGCUACCGACAUCAUAUUCAUCGCGACUCCCACCAGUACAUCACCAGUCUCCCAGACAACCCUAAUCGCAUGUCGCAAUACUACGAGGCUGAGGAGGUGGAGCCUACAGAUGACCCAGGCUCAGGUCAUACAAACUUUGUGUUAGCAACUUUUGACAAUGCAGCGAGUGUGUCGCCAUAUCGUGUGAAUACAUCUUAUCGCCGGCCUGCUGGUGGGGAUAGUGACCAUGGUUAUAGUACGAUGACUCCACAUGAGGACAGUGAACAUGCAAGUCUUCCCUGCCUCGAACCUCUUAUCAUUGGCAAAGACCGUUAUAGGCCUGGACCUUAUUCAGUGGUAGCCAAAAAUCCUAUAUUACCCCCUCCCCCUAGUAACUAUAGACGGAGUCGAAGCCCGACUCCACCCUUAACAAGACUGUCGGGAUGUCACCAGUCCAUACCCGAGCAAACGUGCAUACCACAGACGAUCAUUAAUACACCCAUACCGGAGUUACCCAACAACAUCAUAGCCAAUGUACAAGUACAUAUGGUGGACACACACUGAAAAUCAGUCUCAUUUAAUCUAUUAUUUCAUUAUUUAAGUUAAUUUAUCAAGGCCAGCAAAAGUACAAUUGAAUCAUUGUGUUUCAUUUUGUGGUGAAUCAAAUCUCCAUGUGCCCAUAUUCCUGUGGAAAUCUUUCUACAGAAAAAUGUAUUGGGAAGACUAAAUUGGGGAAAUGAUAUGUUCUGAUAGAAUCUCACGUGUUGUGGAAAAACUUUAUGGUGGAUCAUUUGUAUUACCGAUAGUUGUGAGAAUCACCUAUGUGGAUUGUGCAACAGUAUUCACGUCUUUGUAUCAUCAUCCAAGUAUUUUCCUUGCCCCGACGUCUGAUAGCUGUUUUAACAACGAGCUGUGUUACCUGGACUGAUGACCCAGGUGAAGUUGAUAGUGCGUCAGAGGAGAUUUGGUGUGAUUCAUGCCAGGAAUAUGCUGGAAGAGAACAUGAUGAUCUGUUUUUUGAAAGGCUUUAGCGAAAACUUUGAUAAGCCUAAAAGUAUUUUUCAGUUCAUGUGGAGUUCAUAAUUAUUGGAACCAACUGCUCCAGCCAUGAUUUUAAAGGUUUUGUGUGUUGAUUUGAAAUCAAACAUUUUCACAUACAAAAUUAAUAUGACUUUGUGAUUUGUGCCAGGGCUCAUCGCUGUUGACAUUUAGGUUGUAAAUUUGUGAAAAUGUCCUUCGGACCAAAAGUCUUGAUUUAAUACAAAAUAUGGCUUAAUAGCAGCAAAGGACAGUGAAAAUGUGCCCCUGUCUCUGGGACAAAGGUCAAAUAGAAAAGGAUCUCAGGAAAAAAUUUGUUAUCUGGGCAUAUUGGUGUGUACACUAUAUAUACAUGUACUGUUGAAUGAAAUGGCAGAAAAAUCGUUACAUGAAAAAUUGUAUGUAAUUAUAUAUAUAUAUAUUCUCCCUUGUGCAACAUUAUCCAAAUGCAACAGAAAUGAAAUUCUUGCAAAACCUUCAAAAAUAUGCAUCGAAAGGAUUUUAAGAGAAAAUUCUGCCAUGUGGGUUGAUAAGGAUAAAAACAUAGGGGUCGUUAUAUCUUUUAUGUUAUUUGUUUUUUUGUUUAUUUGUAUAAUUAACCAGGCAUAUGAACAUGCUUCUUAAUGUUUGCAUCUUCUACAAAUACAAUAGGUUGUUCCAUCUUAACCAAAGGUUGUAAAAACUUUUUGCUUGAUAUAUUCAAUGCCAUGUAAAGCAUAGAAUUAUCUCCCUUUAUGGAUUUCUACAUUGAUUAUCAAAUUUUUAGCUUUUUUAAAAUUGUUUUUUAUCAAUAUCUGAGUUACCAAGAUUCAGUUAAUAUUUAUUUUAUAUGAAAUUUAUUCAAUAGUGCUAUGUUCAACUUAUUGCCAUUCACCUAGUUGAAAAAAUGCUAUAAAUAUCACUUGGAAAUUCAGUUGAAUUUUGAAGUAAUUAUGAACCUACACAAGUACAUGUGAAGAAACAGCUUCUUUUGUCUUUUAUUUUUUUCAGAGCAAGCUUUUAUGUUUUGGAAGGGUUGGGGUGUUCGUAUCGAUAAAUUUGUGAUAUAGAUAUAAGAAUAUAGGAGAAAGCAAUCAAUUUUGACGGAGUUGCUUUCCCUUUGUUUGUAGAAUUAAACUGCUGAAUAUAUUUAUGCAAGUUGCUGGCGACAUUUCCUUGUGUCUCCCUGCUCUGUGUCUAUGUAUGCAAAUCUAUUUCUCUGUGCAAUUGUUUGGUUUUACAUGUUAAAUGGAUCAUCAAACAUCUAGGCUUUUCUUUCAUCGUGCCUGAACUUGUGAUACUUCAAACUGCUAGGUGUGACAAGUUCCAGUAGGCCACUAUAUGACUCAUUUUGUAUAACCGUCUUAUGUUUUAAAAAUUUAAAGAAACGAAAUUAAUCCACUGACUGCCAAAAUGCUGCUUACAAAUUAACUUCUUUUUCUGCUAAGUGAUCUUGCUACCAAGGACGGUUUAUCCAUAGACAUGUGAUUGAUUUAAAACAAGUUUUAUUAUUAACAUAUCUAUAGAUAUUUUACGAAAAGUUUACACAGACGUUAACUUUUUAUUUCUAUUCAUUUUAGAUUAAAACUAGUGUUAAUUGAUAAAAGAAGAAUUCAAAA